CUGCGUGUUAACAUUUUGGCAUAAAGACGUGAUAGACCCCUGCGGUCCUGGGGCUAUACUCGUCUUGACAGCCAUUACAACGAUAGAAUAGUCAAAACAAACAUUUAAUAUCAAACCCUAGAGAAACAUUUUUCACAAAACAAGAGCGACCCCCACCCCUCAAGAAACCAAGGUCAAAGUUCACAGGAAGCUGGGGGGCUGCCAUUUUUCCUUGCUACUGCUAACGUUAGAUGCUAAAACGACGGGGAGGGGCGGUUGGUUUUGGAUAUUGUAGCUAGCUGAUAUCAACUGAUCGAAUUCGUUAAACAAAAUCCGUAAUUUCUCCGACCGUUGUCGCUAACAACCAUUGUUAUUGGAUGAAUUCGGCAUGGAGAAGGUAGCGGAGCCGUCUUGGACUUCUUCGUACACCUAUCAGGUGAGCAAGCACAGUGCGGAGAUGCUACACAACCUCAACAUUCAGAGGAAAGAUGGAGGAAGGUUCUGCGAUGUGAUCCUACGCGUCGGCGAGGAGAGCUUCCCUGCACACAAAGCUGUGUUAGCCGCGUGCAGCGAGUAUUUCGAGUCGGUCUUCAGCCGCCAGACGGAGGGCGACGCCAAGGAGCUGGAGAUGCACACUAUCAGCCCAAAAGUUUUUAAAGACGUUUUGGACUUCGCCUACACCUCUAGGAUUGUGGUGCGAUUGGAGUGCUUUCCGGAGUUGAUGACAGCUGCCAAGUUUCUGCUGAUGCGGUCAGUUAUUGAGAUAUGUCAGGAGGUAAUCAAACAGUCAAACGUACAAAUCCUCGUCCCGACCUCACGGGGAGGAGAAGCCAGCCUUUUCCAGGCCACAGGGGCCACGGAGCUGGGUUUCCCGGUGGCGCAGCAGGAUCUGGUAAACGGAAUGACAAUGCUGGUGAACGGUCAAAGCUUUGCUAACAAUGCACAAAUGCAUGUGGAUGGCAGUGAAGCCACUGCCGUCGUGUUAUUGGAGGACGGCGGCGAGUCGUCGAUGCCAAUGUUGGAGCCUGUCGAAGGACUGUCCGUUUCCCCAUCAACGGAAAUACCGGGAAACACGUUUCAGCACGACGCUGGCUCCCCGGGAUCGAAAAGGAACAAGGGGAGACCAAAGAAGGCUGUCGGGGUUGUGGAGGCUGUACACUUUAAUCACAGCACCCAGAAAGACAAUGGGCUGUUUCCGUGCGGGACUUGCGGUAAAGCAUUUACAGAGGCUUCCCGGUUGAAGAACCACGAAGCGCAACACGGAGCCCACACCGGCGGUGUAAACAACGUCGGUGACAGUCUGUCAACGGCGGCCGGCAUUUCUUUAAUGUCUCAGCCGGGUUUGGUGGAAAACGGCGUGCAGUUACACGGAGGGCUGACACUGGAUAACGGCCGCAAACGGGAGAGGACCAGGCGGCAUGUCGGCUGUGACAUUUGCGGCAAAGUUUUCCGCGACGUUUACCACCUGAACCGACACAAGCUCUCCCAUUCAGGGGAGAAGCCGUACGCUUGCCAUGUGUGCGGGCUCCGUUUCAAACGCAAGGACAGGAUGUCGUACCAUGUGCGGUCCCAUGACGGGUCAGUCGGUAAACCUUAUGUGUGCCAAAGCUGUGGUAAAGGUUUUUCAAGACCAGACCACCUGAAUGGACAUAUUAAACAGGUUCACACAACAGAGAGACCCCACAAGUGCCAGAUUUGUAACGCGUCUUUUGCUACAAGAGAUCGCCUCCGGUCACACCUUGCAUGCCAUGAGGACAAAAUUCCUUGCAAAGUUUGUGGCAAGUUUCUGCGAGCUGCCUACAUGACGGACCACCUCAAGAAACACAGUGAAGGGACGCAUAACUACUGUGGCAUUUGCAACAAAGGUUUCUCCACUGCGUCCUACCUUAAGGUGCAUAUAAAGACACACCAUGGCUCUCCGCUGCCCCCCUCUGCCACAAUGCAGACCUUCCCUGAGCCAAGGGGGGAGCUGCAGAUACACAACGGCACCCCUUACCACAUGGGACGCCAGUGCUCAGUGGAAGAUGGGCAGGAAAACACUGGGAAAUGUCCUCAUCUGGAAUCAGAAGAAUCAGAUCCUUCGUAUGGGGAAUUGUCCAACGGUGACGAACUUAAAUCUCCACACAAACCUGACGGGCCGGAGCUCGAGAUGCCCUCUUUGGCCUGUAACGGAGCCUCUGCGGGGGCCUUGGGCUCUCCAGAGGGAUCUAAAGCCAAGGCGGACCCUGAAAAGAAGUUUACCUGCGGUAUUUGCGGUCAGGCCUUCCGCACCAAGUCCUACCUCAACAAGCACCAGCACAGAGUUCACAAAGCCCAGAAGGCCCAGGGGGUUUCAGGGUCGGGCUUAAAUGAGCUGACCCCCUCCCUGACCUCUCCCUUCUCCCCUCAACAAAACAUGUCCCUGCUCGAGUCUUUUGGCUUUCAGAUAGUCCAGUCUGCUUUUGCCUCUUCGCUGGUUGAUGCUGAGGCAGGUCAAAGUGGAAUCGACUUUGGAGGGAAGUGACAUAUUUGCUAAAGUCCUUGCAAAGCCUCUCAUUCUUAUGACAAAGCUGGGUUGCCCACAGAAGAUGCUCUGUAUUUGGGAAUAACUUUGCCUCAAGGCUACUUUUUCUGCUGGUUACGUCACUUAAUGUGUAUCCGAUAUUUUUGUCUUUGACGCCAUACGAUUCCUACUUUUUCUACUUUUUCAAAGUAUGAAAAGUGCAUGCACGUGUUUAAAUUUUCUUUACAAAGAAACGACAUGAAGGUCUUAUCUCCUUUAUCUGAUGUGGAUCAGUUGAAGUUAUGUUUGGUAUUCUUUCGUUUGUUUUUUGCUUGCGUGUUAUUGAGCUUUUUUUCGAUACACAAACGUUUCUCGACAAGUAAUUACUUACUGUUUGUUCGCCCACUUUAACUGCUCUGAUGGACCUUGGCCAUUACAAUAAUUUGAAUGCUUCAUAUUCCUCGUUCCCUUAAAGGCUGUAACAGUUGUCUUUACUUCAGAGCAACAAGAGGGCUGAAUUCUGUAUUUAUGAUGUUUUCUGCUUCUUUUAAGAAAUAUUUAUUUUUUCUUAAGAAGGGAUUUCAUUUGGCUCAAUUUUGAUAGCAGGUUUUCUUGUAAUAUAGUAAUUGUUCCGAGAAACAUUUCUAACAAGCGCACGGCAUAUUUCUUGACACAUUUAGCCUUUUGUAAGCAAUUUUCUUCGACUUCAUACAGAAACUAUCAGUUUGCUGGCCACUGAGUAACACUGAUAGCUGUCAAGGACCUUAAUGAAUUACUAUUGACAGGAUUAUAGUAGAAGAAGCACUUAAAACAUGUAUUGAUACAACUUAUUUUAACUGUUACUGCAUCCAUAUAAAGAUCAUCUGGCACCAUCAAAUCUGGCACUUUUUUUUUAAGGUAAAACAAAAGAGAAUAAGCUACCUCACUGAAGAAAAGAACACCAUAGUGUUUCUCUUAGCAGAGUUAAAUAUUGUGCCAACUUAAUGAGAUUUAAACAAUAAAAAGUUGUAGCAAAUUCACAAGUGAAAACAAACCACUCUUCUAUGAGAAAUUAGCAUACAGAAUUUCACUGGGAAAAGCUUUAAUAGCACCACAGCUUUAUUUCUUUUAGUUUUAUUUUCAGAUCCGGGUCUUUAAUGCUUGGAGAGCCUACUGAUUUUUUAUUAUUAUUUGAAUAAAGCCUUUUGAGGAGUGUUGCCAUUCAGCAUUAACCUGAGGUUGGGAAUCAGAGAGCAGAGCUGGUACACUGUGCUCUAAAUGAAGCAACUACGACUCUACUAGCAGCUCAUUUGGAUGUAAAAAGGCUCUCAAUCAAUUUUUUAUUUGAUGAUUUGUGAAUUAUAUAUACAAAAUAAGAAGAGGAAAGCCAUUAUUACAGGAUAAAAAAAAAAAUGUUACCUGUAAAAUUUGUCUUGAAAACAUGCCUUGAGCUUGUUAGGAAUGAGCUCACAUUCUCCCCCACCCCCCACCCCCUGUACAAUGACAAUGUUUCCAAGCCUUGUUUGUGAGAUAUUAAAUCAGUUGUGUGUAUUGAACAGGGACCAAGGUCAGGUAUAUUUUCAGCAUAUAUUUUGAGAAAUGUAGAUUAUAUUUUAUUAACUUAUUCAUGCCCUCGGUUUUGUGUACAGUUUUUAUGUCAAACAAAAAUCUUGUGAUUUGCUCGUUUUGAUGAUUUUUUUCACUCUAAAUUAUGUUAACUGUAGAUGUGCGGUUGCGUGUGUGUUGUACAACAGCUGGAGCGCUGAUCAGCCUCUGGACCGACCAAACAUAAUAUUACUUUUACAGUGUCAAGUAAUUAAGCUCUCUUCAUUUCUUCAGUGUUUCUUCCUCUUCAUCACUUGCAGUUCUUGUAUUGCUCACCCAUCUUCUGUCAGAUUUGCUUGUGCCGUUAGUAGAUGAUAUGUCUUGUGUUUGCACUAAUGGUCGCUAGGUUACGGUGCAAGCUAUCCAGUCUUGCAGUGAAAAUGUGUUUCAUCCAAAAUGUUGAAUCAAGACAUUCCUUCGAUGAGGACAGACUUAAUUGAGUGGUUCCUCGAAUCAGUACGCAAUGGGAGCCUCCCAUUCACUUUUCUGCUUUGCUUUGUUUCAUUUGUGAAUUGUUAAUGAGAACAUUUGUUAUUGAAAACAUUUCUGCACCGAUUAAUUGGUUGUGCCUCUUAAAUAAGCAGACAGAAUGUUACUGAUUAGCAGAAAUUUUGUGUGAAGGUCAAUUGCCUGUAAGUUAAGAUUAAUUUGGUUUUGGUUAAAACGAUCAAAAAUGCAAACAUAGACCCUUUUCACAAUCAUGACAUACUCCCUCUUAGUUUUGUAUGUACUGAAACACAAAAUAAGCAAUCGCUGCUGGCAUUUGUGAGAAGAGAGCUCCACCAAAAUAAGAUUCAACAAUAAAUUGUAACUAUCUUGCAUCUUAGUGACUUCUCCCACAACUCUCACAUCAGUUGAUUAACAUCUUUUUCCAUAGGUUGGUGUUUUUUUUUUUUUCUGUGUUGUAAAACCUGUAUCUUGAUGCAAAUCAUACCGUGCGUGUGCGUUCUCUGUAAGUGUGCAGUCUUUUUCUGUGUUUUGAUCAGUUUCCUGCUUUGUUUGAUUAUGUGUGUAAAUUAGGCUGUUAAAUUCAGUACAUUCCUAUAUUAUUUAUGGUUAUGUUGUGAUUGUAACACAUGUAUAUACCAUUCAUAUACACAGUCUAUAAAUAUAAAUAUAAAUAUAUAUAUAAAUAUAUAUGCGCCAACCAAUAUGAUCAGUGAUUGUCAAUGGUGGUCCUGUACAUAUAUUUGUUUUUUUUGUUUUCCUCGUCCAUCAUAGUGGAGAGAUAUUAAGUUAUGGCCAUUUGAUUGAAAGUGUAAACUGCAUGUUCUGGCAUGCGAGCUGGGGACUGAAUGUCGAUCACUGGUCGGGGGCAGUAACGGUUUAACUGUUCCCCUUAAUGUCACUCUGCUCUGGUAGCGCUCACACUGCCAGCUGCACGACUCGCAUCUUUGACCAAGUUAUUUUUAUUUUUUUUCUCUUUUUUUUUUUUCCACUCUGCACUAGUAUUUACUCCUUAAAAGGUGACAAGGGUUGUUUUUGUUAUUGCUUAUUUGAAAACAAGUGGAAGAUGCUGUAAGGAAAUGAUGUUCCUUUUGUUUGUGUUCUUCACUGGGAAGUAUGAUUUUUUUGUUUCACUCGUGUUGGUACUCAAGUGUGCAAGGUGUUUUUGUUAAGUAUUUUAGGCCUAAAUGUUUUUGCUUUCUGCUUUUGGUCUGUUGCAAAGUGCCUUCAAAAAAUACUGAUUGUGCACAGCAGUGGAUUAAAAAAAUGUCCUCUUUUCUAAAGGUUAAGAAUUGUACAGAGUGACUUGCAUUGACACUUUUGUAUAAAAAUACACAGAAAAUGUACAAUAUGUUAACUUCGUAUUUUAUCAUCGUACUCAACAAGAUUGCUCUUAAGACAUGUGAGCUACAUGUUUUGUUAUAACGUCUUUGGACAUAUUUCAAUAUAAGCAUACUUUUCUAUAGAUAUUUGUUUUUGUACUCUGUUAUUGAGUCUCAUCUCUCUUGUUGGUACAGAGAUGAGCAUCAAAUAAAUUGCAAUUGGGAAAAAA